GCUUUGAUGGACUUUCUCUAAGCUGUUUACCAAAAGGAAAUCCUGUCUGGGCUUUGAGACACAGGAUGGGAGAUCCAUGCAGAAAAGAUUUAGCAGAGGAGAAGGAUUCUUCGGCAGGACUGUCGCGGGGAACGACUGCUGCCUGCAAGCAAACACAAUGCCGGUCAUAAAUGUAGAUGACCUGACAGACAAGGACAAGGCUCUCAUGGAAGUGAACCAACUUAAAAUUGAAGUGAAACUUCAGAGGUGGUUGACAUCGAAAUGCUGUGAGGAGAUCAAGGACUACAUUCAGGCCGGAGUGGAUGAGGACACUCUUGUCAGCAUUUCAGAGGGAGAGAACCCAUUUAAGGAGAAAGGUGGCUGUGUCCUUUGUAGACUGAACAUGAGUGUUCUUCAUAUCUCCGAUUAGCAGCCAAGGACAUUUUUCCUGCCCUCCCAAAACGGAUUUGCAGACUGAGAAGACUAGAAGGGCAUAACGAACAUCAGAAUUGACUUCUUUCUAAAUUACAUUCCCCAGCUUCUAGACAGACUAUCUUUUCAAUUUCACUAAAAUUCUUUAGUUUCUGCAAAGGUUGUAUUUAAUGCUUCCCUCUCAUAUGUAAACUGAAUCAAUGUGAUCCCCCACACACAGUGACCUCAAUAAAUGUGCUUGUUUAUAACUCAA